AUCCUCAACCACCGCUCUCCCACUCUGACCCACCCCUACAACUCUCACCUACCGCACUUUCUCUCUCUAGCUCACUUCGGAGAUCUGAUCUUUGAUUGUACCAGCAUGUCCGCAAAAAUCUUCAAAGAAAUCAAAGACGCUAUUAAGACGCGUAAUCUUGACUUGCUAACCUUCCACAAUGUGGAGCAGGUUGACUAUGACCACGUCAUCCAAGGCUUACGACAUCCUACAAACUGCCUCGAGCAGUAUGCUUUCCGGUAACCUUCCUCCUUCAUGUAAUUCUUUUUCCACCUGACUAAGUUGCCGCUAUAGUCUCCAUUGGUUUGCGGGAGACAAAUACCUUAAAGUCGUCAUGCCUUCUGCCUUGCGUGAGUGCCCGGGGCAAUGGAUUAUUGAUGAGAUCUCCGACGCCUUGGUAAAAGGGGUAAUACCUCCAGUCUGGGUACGAAAAAUUGGUAUCUGUGCCUCACCUGGUUUGUUACCAAUGGUGUCUGGUUAUAAAAUUAAAAUUUAGCUAAUCACAUUCCCUAGAAUAUAAAAACUUUAUUGGAGAAUAUAACCAAUGCACAAAGGAGGCUGACCUAACCAUUAUUCCGCUUCUCGGCCCCGAUUGGACCAAGGAAGCGCCGUACCCCUCUGUGGUACUUGAGAGUGGAUGGUCCGAACCCGCGGAACAACUGGAUCGUGAUGCUUCUCUCUGGCUGGCAGGAUCCGGCGGUCAGGUGCGGGUAGUCAUCCAGGUGAAGUUUUAUAGGCAGCGGAACGGUAUCGGAUCACGUAUGUGGAUCAAACGGGCUAGGCCAACCGACGAUAACUCCUAUGAAACCUCCAGUGAAACUUAUGUAAGGCUCUUCUAUAUCCUGACACUUCUGAUUAGUGUUCCCAACGGUCCCGGGCGCCCUACAGGGCCCUGGCGGGCUUGCAGUCCCGGGCGUUCCGGGCAGCGUGGGCAAGGACGGCCGGGCAUGGCGUCCGUCUUUGAUAAAGACCGCCGUUCGAAGGGUUGACGCCCGGGCCCGGGAGUCUUAAUACAAAUGGCAUCUUCCGGCCGUCCUCAUCGGGGACCGGCCGUCAUUCGCAGAGCCCGACCGUCAUCUGUAGGGCCCGGCCGUCAUCUGUAGAGCCCGGCUCUCAUCCGCAGGGCCAUUUGCAGGUGAGACACCUAUAGGGCCCGGCCGGCCGUCCGGGUAGUGGUUAGGACGGACCACAGGAUAGGCGUCCGUCCCGUCCGAAGCCAAGGACGGAAGGACUGGACGCUUGGGAACACUGCUUCUGAUUUUAUUACUAAUAAGUCAAUUUCAUCUGUAGGAAAUCCUUCCCGCGGCCGUGAAUCCGGUUGAGAAUCCAUCCAUUACUUUUGACGAAUUCUUUGCUGGGAGCUGUCCACCUGGGUUGGACCCUGGGGGGUGCGUUACUCUGGACCUCGAGAACCUUCGUAUCCUUGCAAAGAGGAAGAUCAUCAACCGUGGAAAUGUGGCCGAUCAAUAAAUUGGGUGUGUCUCCAGUAACUGUCGGUAUAGCCCGAGAAGCCGUUGGAGAUCUAUAGCUUACAACUAACGGUUCUAGUACCUGCGGUACCUGUCACGGGGAGGUUUAAGGGAGGUGGGAGGAUAUCAAUGGGGGUUUUCAGGGGCAUGUGACUACUGUAGUGCAGAAUGGGAUGUGGCGGAGUGGUUUCGUUAAGCAGUCUGGAAGCUGGAGAAAUUUGUUCGGUGCAUUUAAGUUGUACAGUACCAUAAAUUCAGGGUAAACUUGACCCGCCACGAUUCUCUGUAUGGCAGUUAUUAUCCCCUGACAAGCAUACUCAUUACAGGGUUGGGCCUUAAGAGAACUAGUAGCUACCUUAAGAAGCAUAACAGUGGGUCGAGUUUGCUCAGAAUUAACAGUACGCGGGUAUGCAUUAAGUCAGGGGAUACCUAUAUCUGGGAACUGGGGAUUUGUCACCACGGGAAAAGUGUUUUGUGGCGUUUUUUGUAUGUGGCUACU